CCUUAGCAAGCUGAGUGGUUUUCAUGUUUUGUUUAUUAGAAUGGCCUUAUUUUGGCGAAUUACCCUACGCUACAGGAUUUACUGUAGCCCAGAUGUAACGUGCGAUGGCCGAAGGUUUCACUAGAAGUCUGUUGAAAGUGGUGGUUGCUCAGAUUUGUCAAAGUCUGGGUUGGCAGGCCGUUCAAACUACCCCUUGCGACCUGCUUACUGAUAUUUUAGAACGUUACAUUGGAAAACUAGCAGAGACUACGCACAGCUAUGCUGAACAAUAUAAUCGUACUGAACCUAACCUUGAUGAUCUGAGUUAUGCAUUUCGACAACUUGGAAUCAGUAUAGCUGAAUUAGAGGAUUAUACCAAUGUUGUGGAACAGAUACCAUUUGCUCAUGAGUUACCACAAUUUCCGUUUGUUAAGAAUAAUGCUUUACAUCAUCCAAAGCCAGGUAGCAGUGAACACCGUGAACGACUCAUUUAUAUCCCUGAUUACUUACCACCACUUGUACAAUAUCCUGAAGAUGCUGAUGGGCUUGGUUCACCAAUUUCUGGACCUUCCGGCUCUGUCCAUGAAAUGGGAGGAGAGCCAGUUACAAUGGAUCAAACAUCUCCAAGGACACCAGGAAGAGGUGAAAAACGGGAAAGAAACAGCAUAUUACAUGAUGAACCAUCUAGUAAGAGACUACGGAUCAGUGAGGAUGGAACUCCACAAGAGUUGACAGCAAUAUCCAUGACACCUCAGGGUGUAUUAACACCUAAACGUGAAGGGAAACUGCCAGAUGCUACAACACCACCGCAAAGUAAACUGCCAUCAGCUCUGGUCACAGCCAAGUCAGCUACUAAUGAUGAGAAAGAACCUUCCAAUGAAAAGGAUAAAGACAAGAAGAUGCCACCUCCAACAGUCCUGACACCAUCAAAAUCACGUGCCAAGUCACCAAAAUCACCCAAAGGUGGAGGUGGUAGUGUUGAUUCAAAAGCAACAAAACUUAAAGAAUUUCUUCUGCAUAAUAAGCCUAAUUCUCCAAAAGGAGGCAGCAAGAUUGCUAAGUCACCUGAAAGGAGUAGAACUAGUAAUAAAAAGUCACCUAUUCGGACAAAGUCGCCAGCAAAACACGCACCACCAAGUUCUCCUCCUGCCAUUACACCUAUACUAACAGGACUUCUGUCAACAAUACAAAAAAAUGGUACUGAUCAAGAGGAUAUUGAGGAUGUCGUUUCUGAAAGUAAAGAAUCAAAGUUAGUGCCUGCUUCUGAUAAAAGCAUGGACGCUUCUAUUGAAGCUGUAAUUGUGAGAGCACAGAAACAUAUUACUGAGAAAGCUGAGAAGCAGGAAAUUAAGGAGGAAAAUGUGGAGAUUAAGAAAGAGAAAAAGGAGAGGGAGAGGGAAGAAGAGAAAGAGAAGGAGAAGGAAAAGUUUGAUGUCAAUACAAGUCGGCUGAGUUCUGUUGAGAGUACCAUUGAGGCUGUCAUUCAGAGGUCACAGCAACAGUUUGCUGAGGAGCAGGAGUUGAAAGCUAAGCAGAAAGAGCAAAAACCUGUUGAACCUCCCAAGUCACAUGAUCCUUAUGAUUUUAUUGAUGAUGAUUCACCUGCUCCUCCUACUCCGCUAAAGGAGCAGUCUCCUUCAAAACCUAUUGUGAAGAAGAUGAAAAGAAGCAAAGAGCAAGAAAAAGAUAAAAAGAUGAAAGUGAAAAAAUUCAAAAUAAAAGAUGAGAAGCGAGAGAAUGUAGAACUGAAAAAAAUAGAAAAGGAGAAACCUGCAGAAAACAUCCCCCCAAAAGUACAUGAUGCUGUAAAACUUGAGGGACCUGUGAAGCUCAAAGAUAAAGCCAAAAAGAAAGACAAAAAGGAAAAGAAAGACAAGCAUAAGGAGAUUAAAAAAGUUAAAGAAAAGAAAAUUGUUAAGGGAGAUAAGAAGGACUCUUCUCAAUCUCAGGAGAAGCCUGCACCACCACCACCUGAAAAAUCUGUGCCUCUCAUUCCAAAAAUUAGUAUAAAAACAAAAGACUUUCCUAAAACUACUCUGACCUUCAGUGGUCUUGAUCUCUCACAGCCUAAGCCAUCAACUGUUGGAAGCAGUGCAACUAUUAAGGCUGAUAUGCCUAAAGAAAUAAGUACAGAAAAGCAUCAUGAAAAGGCCAAGAAGAAGAAAAAAGAUAAACACAAGGAGAGGCAUAAAGAAAAACACCGAGACAAAGAGAAAGCAAAGCAUAAAGACAAAGAAAAACAUAAGAAAGAAAAGCAUAAAGAUAACAAAGAAACUACAAUAAAGUUGAAGUCGGAAUCUUCAAGUACAGAAAUCCCUAAGAUUACUUUAAAAAUUGGUACCAGGCCGUCUGGUGGAAGUGAUGCCUCAGCACCUGCCAAAAUAGUCAUCAAGACACCAGUGGUUCCAGAAAAGCCGCCUACUCUGUCUCCCUCACCACCCCCUGUGCUCUCACCACGUCCUCAGACUUCCCUCCCAAAACCUCUUCCAGAGUCUCCCAGUCCUACACUCAAUCCUUCACCCCCUUAUCCUCAUUUCCACAUUCCACAUUCUUCACCACCACCUUAUCAGGCUCCUCGAUUUCCAUUCCAGUAUCCCCAAUUUAGCUCUCCCCCUCCUCAUCACCAAUAUCCAUUUUCUAUAAGUUCUAUGAUGGCACAUGCUCCAACACCUUAUGCAUCCUGGGCGGCUCCUCCACCAUCAAUGAUGCACUCAGGACCAGGUCACCCAGCAUUGUUGUCUCCUCCACCUCCCCAGAGAAAGCCCAUGAUUCCCACUGUUCAACCACCUCACCUACCUCCUCAGUCUAUGGGUGCAUUUGCAUCAGCUCUACAAAAUAGCCCUCCUGGCUCCAUGCGACCAGGACCUCCACCCCCACCUCCUCCCCCUCCCCCACUCCUCCAACAACAGUUUCCAUAUCAGCUUCAGCAACCAUCGCGACCACCUGUAAUCAUGUCCCCCCAUCUAGCACCUACAAAACCUUCACCUAAACACACUCCACAAUACAUGCCAACAAAGCCAGUGCCACCACCUCCCAAACCAACACCACCAUCUCCACCACCUUUUGUACAGUCACCUCCAACAACAGUUUCAUCACCAGCACCAAAACCAUCAUCGCAGCCACCACCAGCAUCAGUUGUGUCUACAACAUUAGCAGCAUCUACGUCUCAGCAGAGCGGUGUACAACGAUCAGUGAUCACUGAAACACUCGGCAGCACAAUACUGGAUUCCAGUGGUCAAAAAAUCUGGAUUUGUCCACAGUGUAAGCUGCCUGAUGAUGGAAGUCCAAUGAUAGGAUGUGACACAUGUGAUGACUGGUAUCAUUGGCCAUGUGUUGGUAUCACCGAAGAACCAUCAGCAGAUGAAUGGUACUGUAAACGAUGCACUGCCAAGAAAAAAUCAGCACCUAAGAAGAAGAAGAAAAAGAAACAUAAGGGGUCUUAUGAUUAACUACCAGCCUAGGUUGCCCAAAAUCUGUGAUUUACCACCUGCCUAGGUAGCCUACAAACAUGUCAGUGUUGUGAAAGAUUCCAUCUAAAGCACAUUGUUGACAACUUCAGCAGUUCAUGCUUUAUGAAAUCCCACAUUUUAUGCUGGGUAGUGAUCUGAUCAGAAAUGCAUUGAAGGCAGAGAUAAUAUCUCAUAACACUAUGCACUGAUGUGAAUGAAUUCUUAUGCAUUGUAAUUGGACUCAAUGUGCAGGUUGCACUGGUUUUAUUUUGAAUCAGCAGCAAAUAGAUGAAACAAGACUAGUUGUUUCCAUGAUCUAUAAUUGAUUGUUUGAGUUUCUGUUUAUUGGAAAUAACUGUAAACCGUUUAAUUUCACUGCUGUAAGUUUUCACUAUAUAAUAAUUUAAUUGAAUUCAUGAUAGAUGAAAUAUCAUAUUACCCCGGUAGUCACUACGACACCCUAGGAUCCCAGUGAAAAUUAUUGUGACUCCCUAGGAUCCCAGUAAAAGUCACUAUGGCUCACUUUUGUAAAGAUCCCAAUAGAGGAUGUUGAUUGCUAAACAUUUUUUGCUAUUUCCAUGUUUUGGAUGAAAACAUAUCUUGUUUCUUUGUUAAGUACAUUAUGUCUGUUCACUGCUUUAUUAGUACAUGUAUCAGUCUAUUUCUGAGUAGCAAAUACAUAAUGCUGCUGUUUCUUCAACCUCUUGUUGAGCGAGUGUAGCUGCUGCCAUCUUCCGUCAAACUAAAUGAAAAAACAUGUGUAAAAAUGUAAUUGAUCAGAGGUGGAGGUAUAUGCUCACUUUUGUAUUCAGAUUUCACACAAACUACCAAAAACAGUAUUCUCAACAAUUUGAAUCACAUGACAGAAAUUUCAGUUUUGGGCAGUAUUCAAUGUCAAAACUUGGAUCUGGUCCUGAACCAGUUACAUAACAAAUUCCAGAGGGUUGGUAUGCUACAGAGACAACUGAGCUAUACACACUGGAUGUACAAAUUAUUAUCACAACAUAUUGUGGUGUCCAGUGGUGUCUGUUACUAGUAGCUCCCUAUUGUCACUGCUUUAAUUGUUAAUACUUGUCGUAAAAUCCAAACGUCAGAUAUACAAUACUAUAGUUAUAUUGUUAAUUCGUCUUUCUAUGGUCUCUUCUGAGGUUAUAUCAAACUCUUAAAAUACAGUUUUAAAUCUAUUUUAUGAAGUCUUGCUUGCAAAAACAUUUCAAAAUCUUGUGUGUUUCGAGAUUCAACAAUGGAGAUUCAACUGUUGUAUUAAUGUUUAUUUGACCUCCAUUUGAGAGUUUAACACACAAUUGUUGGUGACAUCAAUUAUCAAGAAAUCUAUUCAAAAUUAAAACGUGAUUUACAAAUUCAAGAACUAUGAACUCAAUUUAUGUAAUAGCAGAAAUUUUGAUAUGAUCUUCUAUGACAGUGCAAGUUGUAUUCAAUAUUUUUAUGUCCAUAAUUGGAUAGGAGAAGUCCAUUUGUGUGUGUUUUGAUUAAGACAUGUAGACAGUGGCAAACUAAUUUUCUUUGAUUCAAUAUUAACAUGGGAACAUUUUGAAUUUUUUGUAUCUAAAGAAAUGUUUUUUUUUUUCUUCUGGCAUCUAUUGCCAUUAAUUCGUUUUUACUAUGGAUAGGUUUUUAUAACAGUUGAAAUUAUUAUUACUAUAAAAGUUCACUUUAUUUGUUAAAAAAAUGUCCACACUGCCUCUGACUUUUCAGUAGCAAAUUCAAAUUGUGAGAAAAGCCAUUGUCAGUCUGAUUAGAGUUGACCAAUCUUCUGUACUUUUUUGUUACAAGCCACAUAGAGGGUAUCAUUUUUGUAUAUAUCCAAACUAAUUUUUCAUGCAAUGGAAUGUAAAUCAAUCACUUUUAAAACACAAAUAAAAUUUAAAUCAAGCAAGAAUAA